UGAGUAUCUGUAUUUCAACGAAAGUGCUGAUGUUUAGUGUUUAGUCACUGAACACGUCACGGUCACGUGGGCAGCGCUCUUCCCAGAGUUCUUUGCUCCGCACAUGCGCACCUUCCUUUUCUCGUCCAGUUGUGGAACGACUAGCAUCACCAAUCGCUCAUCAUGCAGCUGUUCCUGCGCGCUCAGUCUCUGCACACGCUCCAGGUGUCCGGACAGGAGACCGUCCGUGACCUCAAGGCUCAUGUUCAGACUCUGGAGGGCGUGUCUGUGGAGGACCAGGUUCUCCUGCUGGCUGGAGCUCCUCUGGAGGACGACGCCACCCUGCUGACCUGCGGCGUCACGGAGCUCUGCACACUGGAGCUCGCCGCCAGACUCCUGGGAGGUAAAGUCCACGGAUCUCUGGCUCGUGCCGGUAAAGUAAGAGGACAGACACCCAAAGUGGACAAACAGGAGAAGAAGAAGAAGAAGACGGGCCGCGCCAAGCGCCGCAUCCAGUACAACCGUCGCUUCGUCAACGUGGUUCCAACCUUCGGCAAGAAGAAGGGCCCCAACGCCAACUCCUAAAUGAUUAAUCUCUGAGAAACUGCUUCCAUAAUAAAGCUUCUUGAGCUCAAA